UGCCUCGAGGACUCAUUGGACCCGUACAGCUGCAUAAGCACGUGUUGAGUGUGCUCAGCAGCUAAGUGAUACCCCUGAAUACGCAGCAUCGAGCUCUUGUCACGAAAAGCCUGCCGCGCGCCACCCAGUGGCCACAGUGCAGCCUACACCUGCUAGACAGCCCCGACGCCGUCGCCGCGACGCGAGGUAAGAAGUGAUCGAUGGCCAACCGCGGCCGCCCCGCGCCGUCAGUACGAGAAGUAGCAGGAUGGAUCGUCGCCAGCGUGCUACUAAUAGCCCUCUUCGCCCAGCGCACGCAGCCCUGCCCCUACGUCUGGCACGGCGGCGCGCCGAGCGGCGAGCCGCGCGGCAGCUGCUGGGUAGGGAACGACGGCUACGCCAUGUGCACGCCGUCUCUCGCCAUCGAUCUAGUGAUAGAGUCGGGCGACGACGCCGUCGUGCUCGUGAGGCGCGGCGAUAAUGGCAAGUACGCGACGAUGGGCGGUUUUGUCGACGUGGGAGAGGACCCGCGCGACGCCGUGGCGCGCGAGCUGCGCGAGGAGACGGCGCUGGAGCUCGCGGCGCCUCCCCUCUUGCUUGGUGUGUUCGGGGACCCGCGGCGCGACCCGCGGCGGCACACCGUAUCCGCCGUGUACGUCGCGCGGACAGUUGGAAAGCCGCAUCCUGGGAGUGAUGCGCGCGCCGUUGUGAAGGUGCCCGUGGCGAAGCUGCGCGGCCUCGACUACGCCUUCGACCACGCUGCCAUUAUCGAGGACUACCUGGUGUGGAGGAGGCGCGCGCGGGGCACGUUCCCGCGCGACGCGGAGCCGUUCCGCGGGGGGGCGCCGGUCAGUCGGGACUCGUGUACUUGAGUCAACGUCGCGUUGAUGGCGUUGAGCAAUCAUGUACUUGAGGGAUUAUACUACCCCUCCACGCCGUCGAGCAAACGUCUCGCGUAUGUAAGUUUGUGGUG